GUUUGAUUUAAUUUUUUUGAAAACAUAAAUAAUAAGUUAUUAUGAUGGUUUUUGAAUUAAUAAAAAAUAAACUAAUAAAUAUUUGUUAAACGAUUAAGCCCGCAUAUGCGGGCAAGACACCUAGUUAUUAACUAUUUCUAGAUUAGUAUCAAAAAUUCUGAUCUAAUGUAUUGGUAUAAAAAGUUAUUAUAGAAUUUGUAAAUUAAAUAGAAUUGGUAAAUUAAAUAGAAUUUGUAAAAAGUUUUCAAGUAUAUAUUUACAUAGAAUUUUGUAUUUUGUUAUUUUAUCAUUUUAUAGAAUUGUAUUGUAUUCUGAGUUGAUACAACUUAGAACUCAAAACGGAAUACUAAUUUAUAGUUUUUAUUAUAAGUAUAAAUGGAGUAUCAUGCUAAUAAGAAGAAUAUAGAAAUAGAGUCUACCACUAAUUCUCAGAGACCUAAUAGAUGAAAAGCACUACGAAGACGCGUUCACAUGAAAAUUGCAUUGAAGUUUUCUUUUUCUUUUCAAAAUCACUUUCUAUAAACUAAGUUAAGUUUGUCCAGCUAAUCUAUUACUAUUCGGUUAUCAAUGCCAAACAACAGUGAUGGUCUAGAGGAGGAACAUGAAAGGUGGACAGAAAUGGAGAGUGAGUGGAUAUCUUUAACAGAUGAUCUACGAAUGGAUAUUGAUAACCACCGUAGACACGCAGCGGAUCUGGAGAUAGAACUCAGAAAAGAGAAAACGGCUUCGGAGGAGCUAAACGACGCUCUUGGUAGAGCCAUGCUUGGACACCUAACAUCAUACAAUGACUUCAUUGAGCAGUACACUGAGCUCCAGGAGAAGUAUGAUGAGUUAGUUAAGAGGCAUAACGUGACGUUGGCGGGAAUAGUUGAUGUGAAGAAAGCAGCGGCUAAAGCUGCAGUGAAAGGUCGUCAUGGGAAGAGUUUUGCCAAAUCCUUUUCAGCUGAGCUUACUGCUAUUAGAGCUGAGAAGGAGAAAGAAAGAGAGUUCUUGAAGAAGGAGAACAAAGGACUUAAGAUUCAGCUGAGAGAUACCGCUGAAGCUGUUCAAGCUGCUGGAGAGUUACUGAUCAGACUCAGAGAAGCUGAGCAAUAUGUACAAUCCUCUGAGGAACGUUUCAGCUUACUUGAAGAAGAGAAUGCAAAGUUAAAGAUGCAGAUGGAGAAGUUAAAGGGCAAGCACCAGACAGAAAUGAGUACAAUGAAGCAAUAUCUUGCGGAAAGCAAAUUGCCAGGGUCUGCAUUACAGCCAUGGUUCACGGGGAAUGAGGAACAUUUAUCAGAAGACAGAACCGGUUUGGUCAAGGAGAAUGAAGAACAAACAUAUAAAAGGAAUAAGGCUAUAUCAUAUAAAUCAACGGUUUAAAUAACAAUAUAUAAAAUAAAAGGUAAACAAACAUAUAAAAGGAAAAUAAUAUAAAAUUUCAAAUACCGUUCAUAGUACUUAACAUUUUAAAAAUGUAAUCUAAAUAAAAUAUCGAUUUUAUCUUAUGCUUAAAUUUCAACUAAAUUAACUUUGUUACGAUUAUCAGCUUUUUAUUCUACUUUUAUUAAAUCGAUUAGUCACAAUCACUUAUGCUCACUUUGAACUAGACAACUUCAAAAUAAAGUAAUAUCCUAUAUAGUCGCUACCCACAAUCAAAUGGGUCGAAAAAAUAUCAUUCUUUUUGAACAUAUUUUAUUUUUAUGUUUUUGAAUAUAUUCUAUUUACUAAGACCAUAAAAUAAAUUGUAAAUUAAUGUAAGAAUAAAACAUACGAACCCGGCGCUACGCGCCGGAAUACCACUAGUUUUAAUUAUUUAACUAGAUUUUGACCCGCGCUUUAAAAGCGCGGGAUUUGUUCCUUUUAAUUUUUUUUAUAAAUAUUUGUUAGUUAUAAGAUUAAAUAAUUUUUAUAUAACAUAAUCUAAUCUUAUUUACAAAUUGUGUUGUUUGUACAUUCAUAUGUGUUAGGCCUAAAUACAUAAUAUAAGAAGUUGCAUAUUUAUACUCAUAGAAAUUAGUUUUUAAGAGUUUAAUAAUAUAAAUUUUAUUAUGUAGUAACUUUUACAUAAUUUAUUUGUUAUUAAAAAAAUUAUUAUAUUUUUUUUUAAAAUCCCUAAAUCUAAUACGCAAUCCUUAAUCAUAUAAAAACAGGUAUCAAUUUGAGAUUAUGGAAUAGCUGACGUGAGUAAUCGACCAACAUAUUAACAGCCAUUGGGUAAUUUUUUUUUUGUGUGUUAUGGUUUGUCAAUAAAGCGUUUGGUGAGACCAGUAAAAAUAGGGUAUUCAGUUUUAGGAAAACACAUGCAUCAUAUUUAAUCGUAACUUUCUAGAUAUUGUAUUUCAAAAUAUAGUUAGUAUUGUUAUUUUCCAUAUAUAGUGGAUACUAAAGUAUCUUUAAAAUAUUUGAUUAAUCAUAAAAUAAAUCUGAUUGGUUGUAUUUAUUGUUGCAGAAAUUUAUUAAAAAUAAUAAAAAAUGACAGUGGCAUUGAAAUGUAAAUAAUUUGAAAAACUAAGGACAAAAUCCUAGUAGGGAUUUUGCUUUAAUAGUAUAGAUUGAUUCCCUCAAACCGGUCAAAAAUGACCAAUACAUAAAGAAACAAGCGGCCGUUUUAAAAGUAGUUACUAAAAACGACUUUGUUCUUUGUGUCAGAAAAUAAAACGUUUUGAUUUGUAAAGAUCGAUGACUUGUCCUUCUUUCAGAAAAUGGAAGAUAACUAGAUUUUUGGUCAACCAAGUGUAACCAUGAAAUGGGCCAAUGGUAGUAAAACAAAACAGUGCAGACAAUAUAUCACAACAUUAAGUCAAUUAAGUAUUAUCAUAUACAAUAAAAAUGUAUUAUAAUUUUCAUACUAGAUAUUGAAACUAAUAAUGUGGUUAUUGGUAUGUCAAGUUAAAAAAUGGAGAUAUGGACUUGCUCUUUUGAUGUUAUUCUUUAUAUUUUUGGUACGUUGGAUGGUAGACAUUGAAGUAGUCUGAUACUGAUACAAGUUGAUAGAAAAUUCAAGUCUUACGCCUAUAAGAUGGAUUUUGCCACGGUGGAAUAUGUAAGUUUAUACGUAUAGAAAAGGUAAAUAUAUAUGAUUGGCUAGAGAUGAGUUAUUUGAUAUGGCACCAGAAUGAAAAUGAAGUAUACAGCUAAAAACCCCGUAAAAAUUGGUCAGGCUACCACAUGGGAUUGGAAUAUAGAAAUGUUUGACCUCAUAUUUAUUGGUUGUUCUAAUUGUUAGAUCCACAUGCAUUCAAUCAAAAUUAUUUUUUGACUAUGUCAUGGCCGUAACGUUGCAUUUUGUUGUUUUUCAUAAUGUUGCGACUUAUGAUACCAAAACGUCUUUAAAUUAUAAAUGAUCGUUAAUAUUGAUAAACAUAUAUGAAUUUAAAAAUAUAUAACCUCUUCUAGUGAUAUAGAAUUUGGGUCUUAUAGGCCCAUUAAAUUCGAAACUUGUUUUUACAAGGCAUAUUAAGUCCUAACAAAAGUAUAAAAUCAAACUAAAUUGGGAGUUUAGCUAUUUACUAAAGAGGUUCCCUACGUUAUGAAGUAAUAUGUUAAUAAUAUGCAGAGCAUCGUCGGGAAAAGGGAAGUAGAUGAUUAAGAUCAUACAAGACUACUAGUGAAAGGCAAGAUAUAGGACUCAUGGGAAAAUCAGCCUAUUCCUACAUCAACAGAUUCCAACGGUUCAGUGCAUGAACAUAUGAGUUGUGCGAAUACAAACACAAACACUCAAUUAUUUCAUACAUGAAUUGAUAAAAUCCGGCUUUUACAUACAUUGACGAAUUUUGCGUUAGUCAAUGAAAGCAGAAUCUGAACUAGCAGUUAACGUUCGGUUAAAUGUCCUUCAAAAAUCCGUUUAAAAUAAUAAACAAUUAGUUUAAAUUAGUUUAAACAUUUGAAGGGGGGGAAUUGAACUUGGGUUGUAGCAUUGAUUCAUCCAGAUCUCAGCCACUGUGCCAAACCCAACUAAUUGUUUUAACUCAGUAUGAUGUUCUAUUUAUACCAAAGAAUAUUUCUGUGUUUUAGAAUAAAACUAAUGAAUAUUUCGUUUUCAUUAUAUAUUUAUUAAUAAAUUACAAGAUAUGUGUCCAACAUAAUAAAAAAUAUACAAUAUACAAUAUUCAUAUUUUACAUUAGAGUAUUUCUAUAAAAUCCUUAGCAUUUUUAUACACGAAGACAUCUCCCCAACAAUAUGUAUAUAUAUUAGAAAUUAUAUAAAAAUUGUGAAAAAUAUAUAUGCAUUUUUAGAUAAAAGUUAUGCUGAUAAUAUAAUAAUUUAGUUCAUCAUUAUCAAUGAUAUUCAUAUAUAUGGGCAUACAGGUCGGAUCAAAUCACGUUAAAUCUGAUUUAUUUCCACAUUUCUAAGUUUCAUUCAAUUGAAAUAAGAAAAUUUGUGAAAAGAUAUUUAUACCUUAUGUUUUUUCUAAAACAUAAAAAUAUUUAUACAAUAGGUUAUUUUAAAAACACAUACACAUUUACACAUUAGUUAUGCAUUAUAUAUUAGAAAUCAUAUGCAAUUUGUGAAGAAAAAAUAUUUAUACAUGAGGUUUUUUUUAAACACAUAAAUAUUCAAUAGUACAAAAUAAAUGAAAUAUCAUAAAAAAAUGAAAACAAUAAGUCGAUGUUGGCACAUUGGCUGAUAUCUGGAUGAGUUAAUGUAUGUAAAAGCCAUAUUUUUUCAAUUCGUGUAUGAAAUUUGAAUUAACUGAGUGUUUGUGUAUGAAUUCGCACAGCUUGUAUAUUCAUGUAUUGAUCCGGACCGUUGGCCUCUGUUGAUGUAGGAAUAGGCCGAUUUCCCGGACUCUUGGUAUUGGUUAACAAGGAAAUUCGAAAUAAAUUCUAGAACCAAAUCAUAAAGGAAAGUGAAGCAAUAAACUUUAGUUUUUUAAAGCAUCUCCAAUCCAUCCUCAAAUUUUGAGGUUUCAUAUUCACAACCUCAAAACUAUCUUUUAUUUUAUUUUUGGUCCUUAUUGUUAUUUUUUUAUAAAUAUUAGUAACUUUUGUUAAUGUCAAGGACUAUAAUGCAAACUAGAUCUUGAUCCGUGCAUCUGCAAGGAUCUUUACUUUAAUUUGUAAGAACAUUUUAAAUUCAUAACUAAUUGGUAAUUUUUGUAUUUUAAAAAUUAUAGUCCUGUUAUAUAUUAUUGUUUGACUAUUAUUGUAUUUGUAAUACGAAUAAAGGAAUACUAAUAUAUUCAUAUAUUAAUUUUUUUGUUUCAUUUUUUAUUUGAUAUUUUAACCUAAAUAUUGUAUAUCUAAUUCUAUUUCAGUGGUCCAUAAAAAAAAUUAGAAAGAAGGUUUACUCAAUCUAUUAGUUCCUUUGUAUUGUAUUUCUUAUAUAUAUUGAAAACACUUUUAUAAUGGUUAAUGGGAAAUAUAUUAGUAAAAAUCAAAUUUUGAAUACAUGUAUAUUUUUGAAUCAAUUUUGGUUUUCAAUUUUGUUUAAUGAUUUAUUUAGACAAAAUAUGUUUUUAGUUAAUUAGAUUGGACGAGUUGCACAAAAAAAAUUAGAUUGAGUCAUUUUUCGUAUAUUUUAAAUCUGGUCCAAACAGAUAAUUUAUAAAAAUAUAAUGAACUUCAAUUUUUUUUAAUAGCAUAAGCUCAUUAUUAUUAUUAUUUUAAUAUACUGCUAUUCAUAUUUUCAAACAACAUUAUAUUUCUUUUUAAUUAUGUUAUUUUUGUUUCCAAAAAUUCCCAAAGAUACUUCUAUUUUAAUAAGAUAAAAUUUAAAUUUUGUAUUAUGAUUAUUUUAGAGAAAGAUGUUUUUAGGUGAUUAGAUUGGACCAUCCAUUUUCGUAUAUUUUAAAGCUGGCUCAUACAUAUAGUUUUCAUUAUAUAAUGAAUUUCCAAAUUUUUUUAUAAUAUAAGCCCAUUACUUUUUUCUUUAAUAUAUUGUUAUUCAUAUUUCCAAACAACACUAUAUUUUUUUUAACUGCUAUCUAUAUUGCCAAACAAAAGCUAAAAGUAUUUCUACUUUAAUAAGAUAGAUAGAAGAUAUAAUAUUGAAAAAAUAUGUUGUUAUUUAUUUUUUCAUGCCACUAUUAAAUAUCAUAUAUGUAUCAUCAUAUAAUUAAUCGUGUUUUUAACUACCAUCAUAUAAGUAAUCAUAUAAUUAAUAGUAUUUUAUAUGUACCAUUAUAUAUAUAUUAUAUUUUUAAAACUUAAUAUGAAAUAUAAAAAUCAUAAUUUAU